AUGGCAAAAGUGACUGUAAGACAGCUUUGCUUGAAGUACAUGACAUAUGGUGCCACUUAUGAUGAACAUGAUAUUCAAAGACGUGUAAGUGACUAUCACAUAAGCUGGAAAGUUCGAAGAUCGGCUGUAAAAUGUUUAGUAGCGAUUAUUUUCACGUGCCAUGACGACCAUGUACAGGAAUUGUAUGAUGUUUUAUCACCUGCUUUAAUUGCGGGAUUUAAAGAACGAAAUCAAUACGUGCACGGUGAUAUUUUCCAUGCGUACAUGGCUAUUCUCAAGCAAAUUAAAUCUGUAGUAAGCAAAAACAUACAUCCAGGUGCUAUGGUAAGGGAUAAUGGAGAAGAGUUUUCUAUCGUACCUAUCAAAGAACACACAGACAUUUUAAUUAACGGUGCACAGGAUGAAUUGCGUAAACAAAACAUCAAAGCUAAAGAGAAUUGGUUAGAUUUGCUUAAGGAACUGUGUACAACUUUUCCAGGAGUAUUAAGUACACAUCUUGGGAACAUAACAGGUGCCAUCGUGGACAACCUAACUCAAACUGAUGUUGAUAGAAAAUUCAAGGCGGAGGUAUUGUCAUUUAUGUAUUUUUUACUGAAUACAUACGAUGAUCAAUAUUUUUACCCGUUUCUUGAUACUUUAGUACCUGCAAUUAUUAGUGCCGUUGGGCAUAGUUUUUAUAAAAUCGCUGCGGAAGCUUUAAGGGUAUUAAAAGAAUUAGUAAAAGUAAUACGACCUGUUUAUGUUGAUUAUGGCUUCGAUUUCACGCCAUUUAUCAAAGAUAUUUAUACUUGUACAUUAGAGCGUUUAAUACCUGUACAUAUAGAUGAAAAAAUUAAGGAAAACGCGAUCUCAACAAUGGGCCAAAUAAUUUCUAACUUUGGUGAUUACUUGGAACCUGAGCUACCGAACUGCCUACCUGUAUUCGUAGAUAGACUGAGAAAUGAUGUGACUGCGUUAACAACCGUCCAAGCUUUAUUACAAAUAGCUGUGGGACCAAUAAAUAUUGAACUACCGAUAUUACCCGAUGUAAUGCUGAUCUUAGGAUCAUUUUUAAGAAAAAAAAAUAGAGUUUUAAUACUGAACACGCUUCAGUUGAUAAAUUCUUUAAUUAACAAUUACCGAAUAUUGUUUGCAUUACAAGGAGAUUUGUUGCAACAGAUUUUGGUAGAAAUACCACAGUUGCUUGAUGACUCGAAUAUUCAGAUUCCUCAAUGGGGGUUCAUCAUUUUAAAAGUUUGUGCUGAGCAUUAUCCUCAAAUUUUACUGAUCAACCUAGAUACUAUUAUGCCACAAGUUUUAUCUCUAUUGAUAUCGCCAUAUUUGCAAGAUACGGUCUUACAUUACUUAUUGGAGUUUUGUAAGGCAUUGAUUUUAUCCAAAUUUCCAGAAGUUUCUUAUACAAUUUUGUCGAACGAACUUUCGGUACUAGUAACCACUGUCGCGUCAAACACAAAUCGCUUUGUUUACGAGCAGCCAUUCCAUUCGCUCGCCAAGUGUAUGGCCGUCAUGUUGGUUACUGCCGUAUCACAAUCUGAGAUACCAAUAAUUCCACCAUUUAUCAGUGAAAUUCAUAGUGCGACAACGGUGUUUCAAAAAGUGAUAACCUAUUUUGCUCAGAGCAUCGAUGUCCAACAGCAAUUUCUUCUAUACGUCGCUUCAGUUUGGGAAGAAUUGUUCAAACACUCUGGAAACCAUGAAGAAGGAAUAAGAGUUUCAGUGGCAGAGGGCCUGGGAAAAUUAACGUUAAUAGACCCUACAAACUGUCUACCAAAGUUACAAUUGCUACUUGACUCCCCAUCACCGCCAAUUAGAUUUACCGCCAUGGCGGCUUUUAACUUAACUAUUUCAAACCAGCCUUCAACAAUUGAUCUAUUAUUAAGAGAAUACAUUCAAGACUUUUUGGUUAGUUUUAAGGACUCAGACGUACACGUAAGAAGGGCAGCAAUAGCAACCGUUAAUACCGCUGUCUAUAAGAAACCAGUGCUUGUUACACAUUUGUUAGAGUCUAUUUUACCUCAAAUUUAUGAAGAAACGGUGGUAAAGGUUAAUUUGAUUACGGAAAUAGAACAGGGACCGUUCAGACUAAUAAUUGAUAAUGGUUUGGACACUAGAAAGGCGGCAUACGAAUGCUUGUACACGGUGCUAAACUGUUUAUCCCACAAAAUAGAUUUAUUUGAAUUUAUGAAACAUGUUAUACGUGGACUAGACGACCACCGCGAUAUACAAGUAUUUACAUUUAUUUUAAUCGAAAAACUUACACUAGUGUGUCCAAGAGAAGUAUCUCAAGCGACCGAAUUGUUUAUUGAGCCACUUAAUAAUAUAUUUUCGUUGGAAUUAACAAAUGACGCUCUUAGGCAAGACCAGGAAAAACUAACCGAAUUAAAAACAUUUGCUUUGCGAGCUGUGAUAUCUCUUCUGAGCCUACCAAAUGCGGUUUAA